AUGCGCAGCAAAGUACCAGUAGGCAAGUCCUCACCUCGUCCUCACGUGCAGGUGAAUAACUACGGGCGAAUUAACUCGCCCGGCGAUGACAUCCGUGUAGCCAUGGUGAAGAAUGCGAGCAAGGCGGGAAGUCCUACCGCCGCCUCCGGUGCGAGCUGUGACGGGGACGACGGAGACGAAGCGAACGGCGACGACGCCGAGGAGGAUUGGUCGGAGAACGGCCACGACGAUAGCGCUUCGGGCGACGAGUUAGGUCCUGCCGACAUCGAGGAGGACGAAUGGUGGAAUCGGCCGGUCGGGAGCGACGACGAGGUGGAAGAGUGGCGGGCUGGUGAUUCCGACAACGACGGAGGUGAAAAUGCGCAUGGUGACAAUGCGGAGGCAGCGGCGGAUGCACAGGAAGCGGCGGUGGAUGCGAAUGAGGAGGCUGACGACGAGGCGGGGGCGGAACUUGAGACAGUUGCGCCUGCGGAUGCGGCCGCAAUUGCGGAUGCGGAUGCUGUGGCGGAGUCGGACAAGGUUGCUGCGGAUGCCGUCUUAUUUGACGAGGAAGGCGGCAACGACGACCCAUGGAGCCUUGGGACCGACGACGACGAUCCGCUACUGAAGCGGAGGCUGCGCCAUUGCCUACAGUCCAAGUCGAAGCGGGCCCGCGUGGUGCUCUCUGACGACGACGGUCCGGGGGAGGAGCGUCGCCCGAUACUCACCGCUGCGGAGAAGGGGAAAGCCAAGGUCGCGGAAGCCCCUGCUAAGGCCCCUGCUCGUCGCCGCACAAGCAACAAGAAGCGGACAUCCAAUGGAGACCCGGGAUCCAGCAAGGGAAUCGUGGUCCAAGCACAGGACAACGGGCGGAUGGACGAGAGCGCUGUGCAGACCUGGCUGUCCAAGGAGGUGCUGCCCCAUCUGAGCCCCCAGCGCGGCCAGAACGCAAGGCGGGCGAUGCUGGUGUUGGACUCCUACCGCGGUCACAUCACCCAGACCAUGCUUCAGUCGUACCGCACGCACAGCAUCACCCCUGCAGUCAUCCCAGCGGGUUGUAAGAGCCAGAUUCAACCCCUGGACGUCUCCAUCAACCGGUGCUUCAAGGCUGCUGUGCGAGCGCGCUACACCAGGUGGUUCAUGCGUGAAGGGAUUCACCUGAAGACGAAGAAGGGGAACCUGCGGAGGCCUCCGCACCCCGUGGUGCUGCAGUGGAUCGCGGAGGCUUGGGAUCAAGUCCCCAAGCAGAUCAUCAUCGACGCGUUCCGCCACUGUGGGAUCUCAAGCAAGCUGGACGUAACGGAGAACCACCUGGUGAUGUCUCACCUGCGCGCCAGGAGCACCACCGAUGUCUCCGCGGACAUGUCCCUCGGGGGGACCACAGGCGACAACGUGCGCCGGCUCGGUCGGGCUCCAGAGGAGGAGGAGGAGGAGGCGAUGCAGGCGGAGGGCGUGCGGGAGGUGGCCGUGGCAACCGGCCUGGAGGUGCUGUACCAGGAGAUCCCCAACCACCGCGGAGCGGCGGCCGAGGCUGACCGCAUGAUCGAGCCUAGGGAGACGACUAGGCAUGCCUGGCAAGUGCCAGACCUGGGUGUAGAGCCUGUAGUUAGUGCAGGUGAGGAGGCGGUGACUGAGGGGGGUUAG